ACCCCGGGCUGGUACACGUGGAUCCUGACACGUUAACAGAUGAAAGGCGAUUGGUUGGCAUUGGAGCGGGCAGCUAAUCCUGUGGCAGUAUUCGCUCACUUUACACAGAGUGUCUCAUUCUCUGAACAGCAGGAACGGAACACUGCUACCCAACAAGUCUUCUUAGGUGUUGUCGUAACCCUGAGCAGCGAAGAUGGCGAGCGUCUUCACCCGCAUGAUGUCUGGCCGCGGUGUCGCCCUCAUGUUGGGCGGCCUUGGCGCGGGCUCCUUUGCCACCAGCUACCUGAGGGGUGACUCUGCGAAUGUCACCGCCCAGGAGAAAACAAAGCUGUACCCCCCGAGUGCCGAUUUCCCCGACCUACGCCAGCAUAACAACUGCAUGGCAUCUGCACUGACGCCGGCCAUCUACAGCAAACUGCGCGACAAGUGCACCCCCAGUGGCUGGACCCUGGACCAGUGCAUCCAGACCGGCGUGGACAACCCUGGGCACCCCUUCAUUAAGACCGUGGGCAUGGUGGCUGGGGAUGAGGAGACCUAUGAGGUGUUUGCUGACAUCUUCGACCCUGUCAUCAAGGACAGACACAACGGCUAUGACCCCAGACGCAUGAAGCACCCUACUGACCUGGACAGCUCUAAGAUCACCUCUGGCAUGUUCGACGACCGUUACGUGCUGUCAUCACGCGUGCGUACGGGCCGCAGCAUCCGAGGCCUGAGCCUGCCUCCUGCCUGCUCCCGGGCUGAGCGCCGCGAGGUGGAGCGCGUGGUCGUCCAGGCGCUGUCGGGCCUCAAGGGCGACCUGUCUGGGAAAUACUACAGCCUGGGUGAGAUGACCGAGAAGGAGCAACAGCAGCUAAUCGAUGACCACUUCCUGUUUGAUAAGCCCGUCUCCCCCCUGUUGACAUGUGCGGGUAUGGCCCGUGAUUGGCCAGACGCCAGGGGGAUCUGGCACAACAAUGAGAAAACUUUCCUGAUAUGGGUCAAUGAGGAAGACCACACUCGCGUCAUCUCCAUGGAAAAAGGAGGCAACAUGAAGAGGGUGUUUGAGAGGUUCUGCAGGGGACUCAAAGAGGUGGAGCAUCUGAUCCAGGAGCGUGGCUGGGAGUUCAUGUGGAAUGAACGCCUGGGCUACAUCCUGACCUGUCCCUCGAACCUGGGCACAGGCCUUCGGGCAGGGGUACACGUGCGUCUUCCUCUGCUCGGCAAGGAUACCCGCUUCAGUAAGAUUCUGGACAACCUGCGGCUCCAGAAACGAGGCACCGGCGGUGUGGACACCGCGGCCGUGGGGGAUGUGUUCGAUAUUUCCAACAACGACCGCUUGGGCAAAUCUGAGGUGGAGCUGGUCCAGCUGUUGAUUGAUGGUGUUAACUACCUGAUUGAAUGUGAGAAGAAGCUCGAGAAAGGGCAGGAGAUAAAGGUUCCUGCCCCCAUUCUCCAGUUCAGAAAGUGAGCCUCACAAUGUGAGCUAUAGGCAAACAUGCUGCUAGAUCACCUUCUGUUUUUUUUUGCAAAACCGAAGGUCUUACUCUGUAAUAAACUGUAAUAUUUUAAAUA